ACAGCGCCCCCGAUGCCCGUGGUCUCUCCCAAAUCGCAGCCACCAACCGCCUCGUCACCCUCCUCCUCCCACCUUGCCGCUAGCCCUCCCCUCCCAUCCUCCCACCUCGCCGCCGGCCCUCCCCUCCCCUCCUCCCACAUCGCAGCUCCGGAGACCCACCCAUCCCUCUCAGCCCAUCUCUCUGUUGACGCAGCUCCUCGUUGCGCCACCUGCGGCGGCUGAUUCAAGCGACGUCCGGCGAAUCCAGCCAUCACGCGAAGCACAGCCCGAGGUCCCACCUCACCGCGGUGCCCUCCCAAGCGGCUAGAUCCGGUGCUCGCGACCACCAAAGCCCACCCGCAACCUUCCCCCGAUGGCUAGGGUUUCGGGAGUCGGCUCCAGCGCCGGUGGCCAUGUCGGCCUCUUCUCGCCGCUCAAAUACAAGAGGACGUGGACCUGUUGGGAAAAGCACAUACACCUUUGUUUUAGUGAGCAGGUUUCCAAAGAAAGAAAUACUCAAUGCCAUUCAAUGGCCUUCAAUUUGCCAGUCUCUACAUUCAUAGCACUCUCGAGAUGGAGGCCAACAUCAUGGAUGGCUGGAGCUGCGAGUAGAUUUGUCCAAGAUACGUCAGUGUUCGUAGUCAUGGUUCUGAUUCAAAAGAUAUGUGGAUGCUUAUAUGGGUGUGUGGCAA